CGCACGCGCCUCGUUCCCAUGAACAGAGAACACCUCACGACAUCGCCUACGGUCCUCUCUAUCAUGCAUACGCUCAUUAUUUUUCUUUGAAAGUCGUUCCGGAUGAAUUCAUUGCAGUCUUCUCGUUUCAAAAAUUUCGUUGUUGUCGCUUUCCUAUUCAAUGUCUUCAUUCUAACGGGCCAUCUUCGCCCUGCUAAUAUCUUAAGCUGGGCGUCUUGGAGAAAGCUCGAUCUCGAUUAUUCCGCGGCUAAUGCGACUUUGGGGUUCGAAAGCAUCGUGGCCGUUGCUCCCAACUCUGUCCCUGUGCAGUUACGCUGGCGAAAGGAGGGCCUCCUCAAAGCAGCAGCAUACAGCGGCCUCAGCAUAGCAGUCCCUCCCCAGCCAGAAUGGCCGAAUGCGGAUGUAGAAGCGCUGAUGGCGCGGAAGGAAGGCAUGGGAAGGGGUUACGCUCUCUCAUGGCUCGGCCAUUUGCACGCGCUCAACAUUGCGACUACACACUCCAGCACGUUAAUCCUAGAAGACGACACAGAUUGGGACAUCGGUAUUCGAGCACAGAUGCCGCAAAUCGCGGAGGCAGUGCGCAACCUGACUGGCGACGCGUCGAAUGCGACAUCCAUCAUGCCGCUCCCUCCCUUUGGCACCGAAUGGGAUAUCCUAUGGCUCGGCCACUGCGGCGACAGCAUCAUCUUCGACCCUCCGCCAAUAACUCUGCCCGACCCAACAGUACCGCCAUACAUCAACUCCUGGGAAAAGACUCUAUCUCCCUAUCCCGAACGUAAGCGCUACAUCCAUUGGUCCGCCGGCCCCAUAUGCACCUACGCAUAUGCCGUCACUGGACAAGCAGCCCGGAAGCUAGUCGGGCGAGAUGACCAUGGCGUCGAGUCGUUCGACGUCUGGCUUCAUAUACUGUGCAAGGGCAGACAGAUUCGCUGUGUGACCGUGAACCCAGAGUUGUUCCAUCAUCACGAGGGCGCGGGGCCGAAGGUUUCGCUUGCUGCUGGGUCGAUUCUGGAGGAAGGAUUCUAUGAGAAAGAGUAUACGGAGAAUAUUUGGCAUAGUGCAAGGUGUAAUAGUGCGGUGCCGGGGGACGAGCUCGUGACUUGCAUGGGGAAGGAGCCGGAUUCGCAGUGAUUUACAUUUUGAGAACCGCUAAAGACUGUAUAAUCACAUGUUCGCAU